AUGAACAGCACACACAAGCAACAACAACAACCACAACACCUCUUUAAACAAAAGCUGACAUGGCUUCUUCGAAAACGGCGGAAACGGUCUGAUAGUGGUCAUCAUACAACGAAUUGGUCGAUUACUUUGAAACCCACCGUUUCAUCCGCCGCUGUCAUGGAUGGGGAGGAAGAAGAAAAUGAUAAUGUGAUUUCACAACAACAGCAACAACCAAUACCACCACCUACACCUCCUGCUAUUCAUCAUCAUCAACCAUGUUAUCCCCGAUCCAUUGCAUCCUCUAUUACGUCCUCCUCUUCUUCUUCUUCAAUUCAUAGUCGUCGACGAUCUUUAUCCUUGCGAUCCGCAUGCUCGGGCAUCUCUAAUUUGUCGGCACGAGUACAGCAUUUCCAUAUCGGCACACCGGCAUCCUAUUUUCCUAAACCAGAGUCCAUGGCCUCAUUGCCACGAUCGCAACAACAACGGCCAUCGUCGCAAUGUGAAGCGCACUUGACUGUUCCGAGUAUUCGGAGUACGACCAGUGAGACGACAACAACUCGGUCUUGGCGACGACGUAGGGAACGACUUCUCUUGGCUAUUGAUCAGCAGAGCCUGCCCGAUUUCGAAACACAGGCGUUUUGUAGCACAUGCGAAAAAUAUGUACAAUCUCGUAUUCGAUAUCGAACAGGUGCCCUAACAUGGCUCAUUGCUUUCAUCCUGUUUUUGUGUACAGUAUUCCUAUUCUGGGUCCCUUUCUAUGUCAAGUAUUUCAAAGAUGUGGUCCAUUAUUGCCCUGCAUGUAGCAGUAAACUUGGAACCCACCUUAAGCUAUGA